CUUGUUGUGCAAAAUUGUGUAGUAUGAAGCUGUGGUGUGUUUACCUUAUCUCAAUUUAUGUGGCGUGUUUACGUGUGAGGGUCUGUAGGGAUAUCAAGAAACAAGUGGAAAAAUAGAAGAAGAAAGCUCCAACAAAAGGCACUUGUGUGGAGGGCAGAUGUCCGGAGGAAAUAAGAAAACUAUAUAGAAAGAAGGAAAUGACAAAACAAAAUGGAAUAGAAAAAAUGACAAGGAGUGAGAGUUAAAAUAAAAAAGCAGGAUGGCUGGAAUGUAAAGCCCAAUAACUAUUUCGCCUGUAAAGGGCUGGUUUAGGGGCAGAACAAUGUGGACACACUGAGAACAGAGUAAGUGCUGACAAACCAUGUGCUCCUCGAGAGUUUGGGGCAGGCAACAUAGUGUGUGUUUGCAACAUGACAUAUUGUGAUACAAUAAGCAAGGUGGCUCCAGUGCCAGUGGACCAGUUUGUACAGUAUUCAACCUCUCGGUCAGGCUUACGCUUUCACAGGACGCUAGGAUCGUUUUCUGAUUCUCCUCACCCAGGAGGAGUUCAUUUCACACUAAAUCUGACAGCAAAGUACCAGAGGAUUUGGGGUUUUGGAGGUGCUUUUACUGAUGCUGCUGGAAUAAAUAUAGAAUCCUUAAGUUUACAAGCAAAAGAAAACCUGAUGAGGUCCUACUUCUCAACAGAUGGGAUUGAGUUCAAUUUUGGUCGUGUUCCAGUAGCUGGAUCUGACUUCUCAACACACACCUACACAUAUGAUGAUGUGCGGGGAGACACUAACUUUACACAAUACAAUUUGACAGAUGAGGAUUUCUUCUACAAAAUUCCCCUGAUCAAAGAAGCGCAAGAGUUAAGUGAGAGAGGGCUUCACCUGGUGGCAUGUGCGUGGACUGCCCCUCCAUGGAUGAAAACAAAUGGUGACUACUCAGGGUUUGGUUUCCUGAAGUCAGAGUACUACCAGGCCUGGGCCGACUAUCUUGUGAAAUUCCUUGAUGAAUACAAAAAGCAGGGUUUGGAAUUCUGGGGCAUCUCAACUGGUAAUGAGCCAAUAAAUGGAAUCAUCCCAGUGAACAGAUUCAACUCAAUGGGCUGGACCCCAUGGUCACAGAGACAGUGGAUCAAGGAUAAUUUUGGGCCGACUUUGAAGAAGUCCCACUAUACUGUGAAGCUUCUUGCACUAGAAGACCAGCGCUUCAUGUUGCCCUGGUGGAUAAAUGUGCUCAUGUCAGACAAACAGGUUGAAGAAUACAUAGAUGGCAUUGCAGUGCACUGGUAUUGGGACUCGCUGUUUCCACCAAGUCUGUUGGACCGCACACACAACAACUUCCCCGACAAGUUCAUCCUUGCAACAGAAGCAUGUGUGGGAGACAAGCCAUGGGAAUUUGACAAAGUGAAACUUGGUUCAUGGAGCCGGGGAGAGUGGUACAUGGAGGACAUCUUGCAGGACCUCAACCAUUGGGUGACUGGCUGGCUUGAUUGGAAUCUUGCCCUCAAUCCCCAGGGUGGGCCAAGUUGGGCCAGAAAUUUUGUUGAUGCUGCUAUCAUUGUGAACGCAACUGCCAACGAGUUCUACAAGCAGCCAAUGUUCUAUGCUGUAGGGCACUUUGCCAAGUUCAUUCCAGAGGGCUCUCUUCGCAUUGGAGUUGAGCCGCAUGAGAAGAGCGGUAUUUCAGCUGUAGCAUUUCAGACACCUGAGAAUGCUGUAGUCAUUAUUUUGUAUAAUAGAUCAGAGUAUGAUAUGAAUGUCACUGUAACACUGUCGGACAUGAGGGUCAUCAACCUGAUCAUCCAAUUGCACUCUUUCCACACAGUCGUUGUUGGGAAGAUGAAGGGACUGUGAAUUUAUUCCCUCAGUAUUUGGAUCCCUUGUCCUCCUUGUAUAGGAAGUACACGAAGACAUCCCCACAAGGCGUUUGCACAAGCUCUUUGUGUUGGAUCAACAUGGUGGCUGCAACUCCAUAUGCCAAGCAAGGGAUUCCUGCCAUGAACAUCCAAAUGCUGUUUUACCAUGUGCAUUCCAGUAUUUCAAAAUUUUAAAAGUGAACAGACCUCAUUGAACACUUUCUUAGCCUGUAGUGACUGGUGAUGGGCUGGAUGACUGGGGAGACAAGGAACUCUUUGCCACCACAUCAGGCUUCACAGUGGGGCCUACCCAGCCUCCUGUCCAGUAGGUACUGAAGGCUCUUUCCCCAGGGGUGAAGCAGAACCAUUCACCUCAAUCCAGUGCCCAGGUUAAGAAUGUAUGGUGCUAUUCCUCCGUUCCACCAUAAUCCUCAUGGUGCAGUGCUUAAUUAACCCCUUGAAUCCUUACUUUCUGAGUACAGUAUUACACCAUGAUUCUCAAGAGCAUGUAAACAGAUGAUAUUCUGUUCAGGGUUUCAAACUGCACCCAUGCUAUAAUUGGUGCUCCCAUCCAUGCAAGAUAUUCUUAAUUAUAUCAUCAGUUCUGAUUUGAAUUUGAAGAUGUGUUUGUCUCAGUGCUAUGCGGCAUGGCACUGUGUCACAAUAGCAAGCUAGGCUUCAAGGGGGUAAGCAAGCACAGGGACUUCACCAGUAUUAAGAUUCCUUGUUGUAGGAGGCAGUUUGACAGACUUCUAAAAGAUACAGCAGUGUCCAUCAUGAGGAUGGAGUUACUGAGAGUAGGCCCAGUCCUGUGGAGGUAUUUGAAUUUCAAUUUGAUUGGUAAAUCUAGAGUUAGCUGAGUGUGUCUGAUGGUGAAACAAGAACCAUGAGAAUUGGAUGGACACUGCCAGUACCUCCAGACCAGCUCAUCACAGCAUGGCAUCUGCAAUGACUGCAUCAUCUCUCAGUGUCAGGUCCAGGUUGCACAUAAGAUUCUGGUGGGAGAAGUUCUUGAGAGAUGAAGAGGAUAAUAUUAAAAUGGAUAAAACUGUAAUAGAUCUAGCUUGUGAUUAUGUUAAUUCAGUUAAUCUGGCUCCAACUGGCUCCAGGUUACGGUGCAAUUUGUUGUCAUUGCUCUGCGUAUUUGUAAUGUAGGAAACUGGCUAAUAGUGCUGGAAUUGAUAAAGUUAUAGUUAAAUUGUAGAGUCAUGCUCUCCUUUUUAUUGGCUGGUCUAAAUGCACACUUCACGACCUAGCUAGUUUCUUUUAUGUAACUUCAAGAAACCAUACUUCUCAGCACAUAAAGAAAUGUUCUGUACAGAAUGUUAUAUCCAAAAUUUCUUAAUUAAAUUUAAAGAAUUUGUUUCCAUGCCUCAAAAUUAUUCUCCUUAUCAGACAAAAUGGCCUUACCAAAAGUCUUGUUAAUUUUAUUAUGAACUUAUAAGGGGUGGGCCUUCUUGGCCCUUGCACCGCGACCACAGUGAUCUAAUUUUAUUAACUAUGUCAUAAUUCACGAUUUCAAAAUCACAUACUAGAGGUUCCCAAUGUUGCACAUACCUCAAAAGUUUGUUGAAAUUGUGGAAUGUUAUUAAAGGGAGGUAGACAUCUGAGUGGCAUGACCUGAGUACUGAA